AUGAGGACACUGGCUCUCCUUGCUGCCCUUCUCUUCUUGGCUCUCCAGGCCCAGGCUUGGACCCUCCAAGAGACAGCUGACCAGGUUCCUGCCCAGGAUCAGCCAGAAGCCAAGGACCAGGGCGAGCUAUGGGCCGAGGACCAGGAGCAGGCUGGAGACGAUGACCAGGAUGUGGCCAUCUCCUUCACAGGAGAGGAACGCCUCGCUCGAGAGGCAUCAGGCUUUUGGAAACUAAGACGCUGCACGUGCCGACGCAACCUCUUCUGCAAGUCCUUUGAGAGUCCUUCUGGAACCUGUAUAAUCAAUGGCUAUAGAUACAAGCGUUGCUGUCGUUGA